AAAAGAUAUGUUUUUGUUGGUGUUUUGUUGUUUUUUUUUCUUGUUGUUGAAUGAAAAAAAUAAACGUAUCAUUGAGUUAGUUUUGUACUGAACGUCGUUGUGAAUGGACGUUCGUCGUCGUUCAUUUUUUUUUACCGUGUAUCGUUUUUAUCGUGGUCUCACCUUAUUUUUUAAAAAUUAAAAAAAAAAUCAUAAAAAUGCAAAAAUAAUCGUGAAAGACCUGACGAACAAUUUUUUUAAAAAUAAAAAAAAAUAAAUAAAAAAUUAAAGUGGGCACGUCCCAUCAGUCGCAAAAUUAGUUAUGAGGUAACUAAUGUCAUUUUCAAGCGGAAUUUCAACGUAAAACUAAGUGACAUAACUUUGGAUGAUAUUUUUGUCAUGAACUCGUAAUUAAAUUAGAAGAGGUCAACAAAAAAAUACUGUAACAAGAAAAAUUGUGCCAACUUAUGACGUAAAGUUGAACCGACUUAAAAAAAAUCUUAAAUAAUUUAAAAAAUAAAAAAAAAAUAAUUAAAUAAUUACGAGUGAAAUUAAACAAAUAAGUUAAAAGAAAAAAAAUAAAAUCUGAUAAAAUCAAAAAUAAUUAAAUAAAAACCGGUGUGAAAAAAAAAUAAAAAUUUAUCAUAUCAUUGUGAAUUUUAUAAAAAAAAAUAAAUAAAUAAAAAAAAAACAAAAUAUGUCAUUUGAAUAAAUAAAUAAAAAAAAAGUGAACAAAAUAGCUGACACACAUAAAUUUUGAAGGAUUAGCAAAAGACAAACGAUCAUCAGAGAAAUUUUUUGGAUUACGUCGUAUUUGGUUCUACAAAAAUCAAGGUGAGAGAAAUACGACGGCGGAAAAGCAGCUGAUGGCGUUUUAAUCGCGGUACGAAACUAUUCUAAAGUCCUAAAGUUAAUCAUAGUGAACCGAUAAUGAGCAUCGUCACGUGCUAUCGAUUGUCGCCGAUCCGCAUUCCCUAAAGACAAUCCGCAGCCAUUCGCAAGUAAUCCAACACAAAACUGUCCGUCAUUGAAAACCCCGUUGCUCGUGCCAUCAAAAUUCAGCGAAACUACUCGACGCUCAACAGAAACAUGGGUACAAAAAGCCCAGGUCCGCAACGGUGUCAGCUAAUUUUACAACAAUGUCUCGCCAUUCAACUUGGGAAGCCAGGACACACGCCCGAGGAUUUCUGGAUGUACGAUUCGGGCUAUAUGAUUUUUCAGAAUUUCCUGGCUGCCAAUUCCAAAUGUUGGUGGAAUCCUCCGUUGACGGCGGCGACACGUGCUUUAAAAUACGCAGGGCAUGUCGCGCCUGGAAUGUUACUCGUUACCGCAGAACCAUGUGCCUUAGAGAUCUUGCGUGGAGCGUACGCGCGAAGUGUCUUGAAGCCGCCCGCGACGUACAUUAUUAGAUCAGUUGGCGACAUUGACGACUGCAUUGUCCAACCGACGAUCCAAACUCAGUUCACACCGUUACCAGAGGCUCUUUGUGAUGUUAUCAUGGACUUAACGACGCAAGGACAGUCAGCUACCAUCGAAAACAUUAGACAUCAAUUGGGGAUCAAAUUUUCUCACAUGCAACAACCGUCAUCUGAGAUUAUUUACAACGCCUUGGCACAAUUGAUGCAGGAACACAAAAUUUACCAAACCGCAAAGGGAUAUUUUAUCGUAACACCAGAACGCCGUCGAAGUAGAUCCCGCCCACGCACCACUCACAACGGAAGUUACGAGGAAUGUGAGCCUUAUGACUCGCGCACGAUGCUCAUGACCAACACGGAGGCUCUCCAAGGGCUCUACGGCGAAAUUACAACGGAACGCGAUGGAGAUUUGACUCAUCAGUGCAUUCAAACCAACUUGGCGGAUGUCAUUUGUGGCGGCAAUCCUCAUGACAAAAUAAUAAUUCCACGUUCAAAUAAACGGCGAAGUGCCUCAUUUCCAACGCCACGUAGCCUCGAACGACGUCACAGCUUACGAUUUUUCGGGUCAUCGAAGCGUUUGCAACGAUGUGCAUCAACGAGAACUUUUUCGUUUAGGAGCUUAUCGAACAAGAAUUACACGCAAACGAUGACCACAGAUAGUAGUAGCUCGGAGUAUCAGAGUACGGAUUCCUCGUCGCCAAAAAAAAGUGCCUCAUUGCUAUCCCGACUGUUUAGACGCAGUGGCAGGACAAAGCAAAAGAAUCUUCAAACAUAUUCAGGGCAAUUUCCUCCCGCAGAGUGGUUCAACUCGAAGGCUGUUCAUCUUCACAGCGUUGGAACACAAACUUUAGACGACAUGCCAGUCAACCAUACGCUUUCAAACUCAACAUUUUACGCCGCCUCCGAGAUCAGUAGUCAGCGUUCCUUGACGCUGCCUCGUCGUCAUCGCCGUCACAUGUCCAGCGAAUCAACUUUCCUCAUCUCGUCACGCGAUUGCUCGCCCGUUCGUCGUCGUUCGCCCCAAUGUUACAGCGGAAGCCUGCCCCGCAGCACGCAUUCCAUCCCAAAUCGUUCGCCAAAACGCGCGCCACUCGUCAAGCAAAUGUCCGACGAUGCAUCGCGCGCCAAAAGUGCCGAAGUUUACAAAAAUCGCAGCGUUGUCGACACAAAAAUCGCCUCCGAGCGAGAAAAACACAAAAGUUUGUAUAGCGGCCCCAGCAGUUUGGAGAGCGGAAAGGUGUCGGGUCCCAGUAGCAUCGAUAGCGGCAAAUUUUACAGUCGCACCAGUGGCCAUUCAAGCUUGGAAUCGUCGUCAAAUGUCACGAAUGGGGGUUCGCCGAAGAUGCGGCAAAAGACUUUGCAGAAUUUAACGCGAAAAUUAUCGCCGGAAAUCGAAAUUGGAGUCCCCAACUCGCAAAGUAACAACUCCAUUACGCUCCAAGUGACCAAUAAUCAGGGAAGUAAUGUGCCAAGCACGAAGAUUUUCGUACAAAAUUCACCCGUACGCAGUGUCAUCACGUUCGAAAAUGGCAAACUGAUGGAAAAUUCGAACGUUUACAUCAUCAAUUCGGAGAAAACGUCGCAUGCGAAUGGCGAAGUCACCACAAAUAAGAGCAUAAGUUACACCCCGGCAGUAAAAAGUGUCGUUUCGACUGGCACAAAACCCGCCACAACCUCAAAUUCGGCAAAUAAAGAGAAUGUUCAGUACUUUAGCGAAAACGAAACUGCUGCCAGCGAAACUGGCGACUCGUUAUCCAUGAUUUCCGAGACGUCGCCCGACUCGAGUCUCAAUCCGAAUGUCAACAACGACCUAAAAUCCCCGGAAAUGGUCAUGGAAAGCAAUCGUUAUACGAAAAAUAUCAAUAACGAAGCCAACAUGAACAACAAUCGGAAGAUGUCAGUCCCCCUGAACGGAAAUUCCAACGGCGGAAGUUUCAUUUACAAAAAUGUCUUGAAGGAAAAUGGCUCCCCUCUCGCUCAAUCGCCGCAAAAUAACAAAAAUAUCUUCGAAAAUCGCCUAAAUUACGAACAUUUGGCUGGUUCCGUGGGAAAUUUAAAACAACUUUCCCAAACGAAGCUCGAUACGCAGAAAAAACUCAACUCAAACAUCGAUCUGAAGAACGCCAUUCAAUACAGCGACAAAUCUUUCGUCAACAUCUUGCGGAAAAAUAGCGAACCAAAUUUGGCGCUAAAAAAUGCAAAUUUAGAAAAAAAGGCAAACGAGAAAUCUCCAUCGUUGAAAAAAGAAAUAAUUAAUACAGAUCAACGUCGCGCGAGUUUAACGACGCAAAAAGAAGCGAAUAACGCGAGAAAUGAACUUGACGCGGAAAAUUCUUACAAUUUUCCAAGUUUGACAGAUUUGAGUUUCAAUUUUACGUCGUUGGCGGCGCAGAAAAUUUUGCAAGGUGUCAGUAGCAUCAACAGCAUCGACACGUUGUGUGAAUUGAGCAUGCAGCAACAACAACAGGGCGGCAAGGAAGUUGAGAAAAAUGGGAUUUGCACAGAUUAUGGAAUGGUUUAAAACUGUAUCGAAUAAUUAAUUAAUUAUUUAAUUAGAGCUAGUCAUGACAAGUAAUUUUUAGCGAGAAAAUAGUAGUUUUUAAUCGAAAAAACAAAAAAAAAUCAUGUAGAUCAAUUUUGAGGUUAUGUUCCACAAACAAUUUCUACAAAUUUCAAAAAUUUUUAAGUUCCACAAAAAAAAAUUAAAAUUUUUCGUUGAAUAAAUCAAAAUUUCACCUUACUAACCUUAAAACUUAGAAGCAAUUAACUCCAUAAACUUAUGUAGAACGUAACUAGAGACAAUAUAACGUCGAACCAGUAGAAUUAGAACGAAACUUAACUCUUAACCUAUAGAUACAAAAUUAUAGACAAAUAAUAACUUUACCUUUUCAUAACCUCCCAGUUAAUGGCCUAAAAUAUUUAGUAAAAGUAAGAUUUUUGAAGCAUUUACAAAAAAAAAUAAUUAAAAAUCAAU